GGGACCCGGAGGGAGCCGGGCGGGGCCGGGGGGGGAGAUAAAAGCCGGUGCCGGCCCCGCUCCCCGCUGCCUGCUCCUCCGGUACCGGCCAGACCCGACCCGUCCGCCCGCACUACUCAAGCCCACCAUGCCGUUCAGCAGCACCCACAACAAGCACAAGUUGAAUUUCUCGGCCGAGGAGGAGUUCCCGGACCUGACGAAGCACAACAACCACAUGGCCAAGGUCCUCACCCCCGCGCUCUACCAGCGUCUGCGCGACAAGGAGACCCCCAGCGGCUUCACCCUCGAUGACGUCAUCCAGACCGGCGUCGACAACCCCGGCCACCCCUUCAUCAUGACGGUGGGCUGCGUGGCCGGGGACGAGGAGUCCUACGAGGUCUUCAAGGACCUCUUCGACCCAGUGAUCCAGGACCGCCACGGCGGCUACAAACCCACUGACAAACACCGCACCGACCUCAACCACGAGAACCUCAAGGGAGGGGAGGACCUGGACCCUAAGUACGUGCUGAGCAGCCGGGUGCGCACGGGGCGCAGCAUCAAGGGCUACUCCCUGCCCCCCCACUGCAGCCGGGGGGAGCGCCGUGCCAUCGAGAAGCUGUCAGUCAACGCCCUGAACAGCCUGGAAGGGGAGUUCAAGGGCCGGUACUACCCGCUGAAGGCCAUGACGGAGCAGGAGCAGCAGCAGCUCAUCGAUGACCACUUCCUCUUCGACAAGCCGGUCUCGCCCCUGCUGCUGGCCUCGGGCAUGGCCCGCGACUGGCCCGACGCCCGCGGCAUCUGGCACAAUGACAACAAGACCUUCCUGGUGUGGGUGAACGAGGAGGACCACCUCCGCGUCAUCUCCAUGGAGAAGGGGGGCAACAUGAAGGAGGUGUUCAGGCGCUUCUGCGUCGGCCUCAAGAAGAUCGAGGAGAUCUUCAAGAAGGCUGGGCACCCCUUCAUGUGGACCGAGCACCUGGGCUACAUCCUGACCUGCCCCUCCAACCUGGGCACGGGGCUGCGCGGGGGGGUCCACGUCCGCCUGCCCAAGCUCAGCCAGCACCCCAAGUUCGAGGAGAUCCUCAAGCGUCUCCGUCUCCAGAAGCGGGGCACAGGCGGUGUGGACACGGCAGCCGUGGGCGCCGUCUUUGACAUCUCCAACGCCGACCGCCUGGGCUUCUCGGAGGUGGAGCAGGUGCAGAUGGUGGUGGACGGGGUGAAGCUGAUGGUGGAGAUGGAGAAGAAGCUGGAGCAGAACCAGCCCAUCGACGACAUGAUCCCUGCCCAGAAAUAAGGGGGGGGGGCCCCCCUUGAGACACCCCCCCCCAGAUCAGCCUCAAUAAACGCUGCUGGGCCCCA